AUGUCUAUUUGGCAAGAUGGUGAGUCCAUUAUUUCUUAUUUUGGAAAACUACAAAAGAUUUGGCAGCAAUUUGAUGAUAUUGAUGACUGUACUAUGGAGUGUACAAUUGAUAUCACCAAAUUUACUGCAAAGGUAAAUGCACAACGUGUGUAUAUUUUUUUGGCUGGAUUGGAUUCUCAAUUGGAUGGGGUAAGAGGCCGAGUACUUGCUACUAGACCCCUCCCAAAUAUCCAGAGUGUGUAUGCUGUGGUUUGUGCUGAAGCUAAUCAACAAUUAGCCAUGAUUGGAGGGACACUUGGAGAAGGAGCUGCAAUGAUCACAAGAAGGACCUCCUCAUCAAAAAAGGAUCGUAAAUGUACUCAUUGUAAUGGCACAGGUCACACAAUAGAGACAUGUUUUCGACUGCAUGGGUAUCCAGAUUGGCACCCCAAAAGUAAGAAGGCACCUCAAGCAUCCUCUAAUAACCAAAAGGAGAACACCAACCCAAAGGUUAAUCUAGCCACAAGUUAUGAAUUUGCUGCUCAAUCAGGUACAUCCCUUACUAGUAAUAGUGAUUGGAUAAUUGAUUCAGGUGCAACAAAUCAUAUGACUUGUGAUAGACACAAAUUCAGUCAGCUAUCCUCUAAUUGCUCUAUGAGUGCUGUUAUUAAUGCUAAUGGAGUUUCUUCACCAAUUGUUAGUAUUGGACCUUCACAUCAAGUUGAAGAUUGGCAGUGGUAGAGAAAGAGGAGGAUUGUACUAUCUGGACGAUGGUUUUCAACAGCAAAGGGCAAGCUCAUGCGGUACAAGAGAAUUCAGUUGACAAGAAAAAAGAACAGAUAUGGUUAUGGCAUAAACGAAUGGGACAUCCAUCUUUCUUUUAUUUGAAAAAAAUUAUUUCCUUCAUUAUUUGUUGGAUUUAGUGUCUCAGAUUUUACUUAAACUUGUGCUCUAGCAAAAGGUCAUCAUACUCACUUUCCUUCAAGUGAAAAUAAAACAAGUAAGCCAUUCACUUUGGUUCACCCUGAUGUUUAGGGGCCAGCACCUAUAUCAACUCUUAAUGGAAUAAAAUGGUAUAUUUCUUU